AUAUUAAAUUAUGAAGAAUGUACGCGACACAUGACACUUCACGCAUUUUUCGAUGGGGGAGGGAAGUUGCAUUUUCUCUCAGUCAUAUAAAUACGCAGGCAUCACAAAGAUACGCGAGUUGGUUAACUGAUGUUGUCAAGAACCUUUGGAUAUUAUAUAAUAUUUGUUUCCGGAAUAUAUUACACUUUCUUCAAUUUUUGAAUCGUUUACCGGGCGAGAUGUGGACCUAUCUUGCUUUUCUAGUUAUCGUCUACGUUAUAUACACAUUGAGGAAUUACAUCAGGAUCCUCAAAUUUAUUUUCACCCUUGAUGGACCAAAGACGGUGCCCAUUCUUGGCAAUGCGAAUGCCGUUCUCGAAGGAAACCUGAUUCAAAGAAUGACAAACGAGGUGCAGAAUUACGGCCGCAUUUUUCGGAUAUGGAUAACGCUUCUGCCGUACGUCGUGCUCGUUGAGCCGGAUGACAUUCAAGUGGUGCUGAGCAGCAUGAAGCAUACGCGGAAGAUAUUCUUUUAUAAGCUACUCGAUAAUUUUCUGGGUAAGGGUUUGAUCACGCGGGACGUCGACAAGUGGAAGAUACAUCGAAAAAUCCUGCAGCCGGCCUUUCAUCUUCACAUUCUCGAGGAAUUCGCCGGAACAUUCGCCAAAUGCGCCGAUCAUUUAAUCGAAAAGUUACUAGAGAAAGACGGAAAGGACGUGAAUGUCACCGUGUUCAUUAAUAAUUCAGUUUACGACAUAUUGACCGAGACGAUUUUGGGUAUGAAGGUCGAUCGGAGAAAUAGCAACGCCGAGGAUGACACGCCAUUUAGGAAGGGUCAAGUUAUGAUACCGUACAGAUUCGCACGACCGUGGUUACUAAUUGAUUGGAUCUAUCGAUUGACGGCAGCUGGAAAAUCGGAGGAACAGCAGCAGAAAGAUCUACUUGACUUUUGCUUCAGAAAAAUGAAAGAGAAACGCGAGCUCUUGCGGCAGAACAAUUCGUUCGUCAUCGAUGAUGAAACGAUGAGCGCGGAAGGCAGGAAGAUAUCCCUACUCGAGUUCAUGGUCGAAAUCAGCGAGAGGAAUUCUUGUUUCACCGAUCGGGAUAUCAUCGAGGAAUGUUGUACCUUUAUGCUAGCCGGCCAAGACUCGGUCGGCACCGCUGCCGCGAUGACGCUUUUCCUGCUGGCGAAUAAUCCCAUAUGGCAGGAAAAAUGUAUCGCGGAAUUGGACGAGAUUUUUGGCAGUGAUGAGAGAUCGCCUACUAUACAAGAUCUUAAAAAUAUGAAGUGCUUGGACAUGUGUAUCAAGGAAUCCUUGAGAUUGUAUCCUAGCGUGCCGAUUUUCGCCAGGACACUUGGAGAAGAUGUGAGAAUAGGAAAACAUGUGAUACCAGCCGGUUGCGGCGUAUUUAUAGCACCAUAUUGCACACAACGUUUGGCUCAUCAUUUUCCGAAUCCUCACGAUUUUAAACCGGAACGUUUUAGUCUCGAAAACUCUGAAACAAGACAUCCCUACGCCUAUAUACCCUUCAGUGCCGGUCCUCGUAAUUGCAUUGGAUAUAAAUUUGCCACACUCGAGAUGAAAUCGAUAAUCAGUGCGGUUCUAAGGAAAUGUCGAUUAGAAUCGAUACUUGGCAAGGAAAAAGUGAUAGCAAAGUUUCGGAUGACAAUCAGAGCGCACGGUGGACUUUGGGUCAAAGUGAGAUCGAGGAAAUCGUAGCGACUGACAAGAUUAACAGGCUAUCGAUUUUGAAACUAGAAAUGACGAUUGUAAUAUUUUGAAAAUUUAUAACAAUUGAAAAAAAAAACAGAAAGAUGCAGUUCGAUUUUAUGUUUAAGAAAUCGUGAUUUUUUUGUUUAUUAUUUGUGUGAAUAAAAUAUGACAAAUGUAAACAAAUGAACUGCUUAUGCAUAACAAAAUUUUAAAUUUAAAAAACUACAUACAAGAUCUUUUGGC